AUGGCUGUCUCUCGCCAUGCGGCUGCUGGCCGGAGUGCAAAGGUCAUGAAGAAGCACAAGAAGCUGUCCAGGUCAACCAGGUCCACUGCCGGCUUCUCUCACGGGAUCAAGGUUAAAGCUGGCAAGCAAGCGGCUGCCCGACCAAAGAAACAGUCCGCGGGCUCUUCGCCUUUCCCGGGCUUCCAGAGGCCAACCGCUGCCGAGGUGCAUCGCUUGCACACUGCCUUGGCACGAAGCUUUGGUGAACGUGUCCCAGGCAAGACGCGGCGACCAAUUCUGGACACUGUGGUUGGAACGAUCCUGUCACAGAACACGACCAACACAAACUCCCACCGAGCUUUCCGCCAGCUGAAGAAGAGCUAUCCAUCCUGGGACUCUGUGAGAACAGCCGCUCCACGUUCAGUGCAGGCUGCAAUCCGUUGCGGCGGACUCGCCCCGAAGAAGACCAAGUGGAUCCAAACUAUCCUCAAGACUCUUCACAAGGAGCGAGGCAAGACGUCGAUGGAGUUCCUGAGGAAGGCAUCGAAAGAGUCGGUCCAUGAGGAGCUGGAGCGAUUCCAAGGCAUCGGCAAGAAGACCAGCGCGAUCAUCAACUGCUUCGACUGUUCGAACCCUGACAUGGCAGUCGACACCCAUGUCUACCGCUACGCCCUGCAACUAGGCUGGGCUCCCACGGAGAAGGAGCGCGCUAGGCACAACAAGGCGAAAGGGGCGAGGCCAUGGCCCGUGGUGACGCGCGACAACGUGUAUCUGCACUUGGACGCACACUUUCCGGAUGCUCUGAAGUACUCGAUGCACCUCAUUCUCACUGACACGGAGGGAGGCUUGCCCGUCGUCUGCGGUGCCCGCAACAUGCUUCGUUUCGAUGGGAAGAAGGUGACCGUGGAUGGAAAGCCGCUGAAAUGA